GAGAGAGAGAGAUGUGUGUGUGUGUAGUCGGAUCAGCUGAGCUCAUAAGGAAGCAGGAAAAGGAGAAGUGGGAUUCAUAAUCUGUAUCAAAUAUGAGACGUUAUUUUGGUUUGUGGUGAUCUAUCGGUAAAUAAUUGACGCUUGCUGAUGUCAUUGUAAUAUUAAUUAAAUAGAUUUAACCGGAAUAUUCACACAUCGCAUCUGUGGAGAAUGGCAGGACAUAGCGGUGGCCUGUCGGGAUCGCAGCUCAAAUGCCGCUUUGUUUGCCGUCCCAGCGUGGAUUCAUCAUUCUUCAUGCCGUUUGUCCCAAAAUCCGUCUGAAUUCAACCCUCACACAGUCCGCAUAGAGACCGGCUAUUAAACAUUACCGAGCAUUUUACAGUUUCUCUGCCUCUUUCCCAUCAUCGCCUGAGAUGAAUCCUCGACAGCUGUCUGUGGUGUGGGCGCUCACUUUAGCCCAGCUGUGUGUGUUUUCUCUGGCUUGUCCUUCUGGGUGUCGCUGCUAUAGUUUGACUGUAGAAUGCGGAUCCAUUGGACUGAAAGAAAUCCCACAAGGCAUCGCUUACGGCACACAGACUAUAUUUCUGCAGGACAACGCCAUUGGACAGAUCCGUCAACGGGAUAUAGCUGAGCUCGGCCAACUUCACUAUUUCUACCUGCAGAACAACAGCAUCUCCAGCGUAGAAGCUGGAGCUUUCAGAAAGCUUGGACUGCUUCUUGAACUCGCUCUUAAUGGAAACCGGAUCCACUUAAUCACAGCUGACGUGUUUCGUGGCUUGGAUCACUUGCGCAUUCUCUAUCUCGCAGGAAACCAGAUCACCAGAUUGGAAGACUACACUUUCCGUGGACUACAGCGUCUACAGGAGUUGCAUCUUCAGGAGAAUGGGUUGGAGAUGCUCGGAGAUCAAGCUCUUGUGGGUCUGUCUUCUCUGGCUCUUCUGGACCUCAGCAGAAACAACCUAAGGACUCUGAGUCCUGCUUCACUCAAACCCCUCGUGAGCCUGCAGGUGCUGAGAGUCACAGAUAACCCGUGGCGCUGCGACUGUGCUUUGCACUGGCUUCGAGGCUGGAUAAAUGCUGAGGGCCAGAGACUGCUGAGCUCAGCCGAGCGCCGGAUGUUGUGUGCAGAACCGCCGCGCCUUUCCCACCUCAGUCUGGUUGAGGUUCCUGCAAACAGUCUAGUAUGCAUCCCCCCCGUAGUGCAGCUGGAGUCUAGUCACCUGACUGUGCGUUUGGGGGAGAGCUUGCGUGUGUCUUGCCAGGCUUCUGGAUAUCCACAGCCCCAGGUCACCUGGAGAAAAGCGUCUCAUGGUAAAGCCCAGUUGUCUCCCAGGGGUCUGGUACAAGAGGUUGGAAUAGAUGGAGAUACCAGGAAUGGGGGAAGGUUGGUGACCGCCAGACCCAUUGGAAAAGGUGGAACGUCGAGUCGGGGGCCGGUGCGUGGAGCGGAGGAUGGAGGUGAUAGAGAAAGCUUUGAUCCAGACACUGGAAGCGGGAUGCUGUUUCUCAGUAACGUUACGGUGGCGCAUGCCGGACGCUACGAAUGCGAGGCCUGGAACCCUGGAGGGGUGGCUCGUGUGACCUUUCACCUAUCUGUGAACAUGUCCUCGUCUUCAUCCCCCUCUGUGAUAUGGCCUCGGCUACACUCUUCGUCGUCUUACUAUCAUCCUUCCUCCGUGGACGUAAGCCAGGAGCCGCUAUAUGAACUGGAGAGCAUGGACUUCAACGCUCUGGGCACGGCCACUCAGACCGCCAUAGCUGUGGGCAUUUCUUUACUGGCCCUGACGGCCCUGCUGCUGCUCUGCAUGAUUUAUAGUCGUCACCAGCAACGACAAAAGGAAGAGGGUGGUUAUAGUACCAGCAAGGAGGAGAGCAUCCUCUACGUCAAUGACUAUUCCGACGGUCCUACCACUUUCGCUCAACUGGAAGAGUACAGAGAUGAUCGUGGCCAUGAGAUGUAUGUGCUGAACCGUGCCAAACCAGUGCUGGCUCCCCAUCCGACCGCCAACCAACAGGGGGUGGCGCUCAAGGCCAUUGAAAUGCUUCAGAGUCAGGGUAUGCUAACCCCAGAUAGAGGGCCAGGCAUUGGCAGCCGCAGAGCUCCUGCAGAGGGUGGAGAAGGUCCUCCGCCUGAUCCCGAGGGUUUGUUUUUGAACCAGAGCUUGCUGUUUGACACACAGAUCGCUUAUGAAAUCCACUGCUGAGCAGUAACUCUGUGAUUCGGUGCUUGACCCCGUCAAGCUUGGUAAAUGGAAAGACUUACAGUAGUUUUCAAAGCGUUCAAAUUGACCACAGAUUGGUGGGGUUUUUGCCAUCUGACAUUAUUCUGCUCAAUUUCUUUUUGUUCAGAGAGCACAAGUACUUUUUUGAGAUAGCAAAGGAAUACCAUACUUUAAAGCAACCAAGAAACAUAACUGAUUUUAAGCAGGGUUGCCAAACAGUUGGAUAAACAGAGACAGAAGUGCUCCUAUGUCGACAUAUCAGGAAAAAAGAACAAAAUGUUAAAAGCAUUACAGAGCAUCCGUGUUUACACUAUUUGGUAAAAUCAACUUACAAAUAGCUUAUAGCUGCCUCUGCAUAUUAAGCUGAAAGUACACACAGUAGCUUUCAAAUAAUAAUGUAUUCCUUUAGAGCAGUGGUCACUAA